AUGCCAUCACAGCUAGGAGCUGCCAGGGCUCUUGCUUUACGCGUUGGUCGACAGAGCUCUCCUAGCUAUAGACUCACAUCGUCACCUCUACUAAGACAAAUAAGACCUACGCAUGUUUGCCAAUUCAGUAUUCUAUCCCGACCGAAUUCUCCGAAACGAAAUGACCCCUCCAAAGUAGUUCAAUUGCUCUUCCCAUCACGGCGCAUUGUGCGCGGAAUUUCAGGGAAACCCCUCCCACAAAGACGAUCCGUGAUCCUCAACUUCGCAUAUCGUACAGCUGCAAUACUUGGUACAGGAAUUGGGUUUGUGGGAGCGUUACUUGCCGGCUUUUUUAUAUACGACUCGACAACCUACAAAGAAUCGUCAGUUACGUUUGGCGAUUGUCAUGUGUCUGAGGCGGCACUGUCCCCGCGCCGAGGAGGUCCUAAAAACCUCCCCAUCGUAGAAGCGCUUCUCGAUGACGACGAAAAUGAAGAAGCAAGAAAGAGAAAGACUAAACCUCACCUUGUGAUUUUAGGUGGUGGUUGGGGAAGCGUUGCGCUGUUGAAGCAGCUUAAUCCUGAUGAUUACCAUGUUACGGUUAUCAGUCCUAAAAACUACUUUUUAUUCACUCCUAUGUUACCAUCCGCGACCGUCGGUACCUUGGAAAUGCGCAGUUUAGUUGAGCCUAUUCGCAGAAUUCUUACUAGAAUCGGGGGGCACUACCUUCGAGCUUCAGCCGAGGACGUUGAGUUUUCGCACAAAUUAGUUGAAGUUUCACAGACAGACUCUAGGGGAGAGGAGGUCAGGUUCUAUAUACCGUACGACAAGCUAGUCAUCGCAGUCGGAUCCGUAACAAACCCCCACGGAGUCAAGGGACUUGAUAACUGUUUUUUCCUUAAAGACAUUAACGACGCCCGCAUGAUCCGAAAUCAAGUAAUGAAGAAUUUAGAACUUGCUUGCCUUCCAACAACAGCCGACGAUGAGCGCAAGAGAUUAUUAUCAUUCGUGGUUAGCGGUGGCGGACCUACAGGUGUCGAAUUUGCUGCUGAGCUCUUCGAUCUGUUGAACGAGGACUUGACUAGGAGAUUUCCUCGACUGUUGCGCAAUGAAAUCUCAGUUCAUCUAAUACAGAGCCGAGGCCAUAUUCUUAAUACUUACGAUGAAGCACUAUCUAAAUACGCCGAAGAUCGAUUCGCUCGCGACCAGGUCGAGGUUCUUGUUAAUUCCAGGGUAAAAGAGGUGCAGAAGGAUAAGAUCAUAUUUACACAGAAGACUGAUGAUGGCGCAAUUAUUACUAAGGAACUUCCGAUGGGAUUCUGUCUAUGGUCGACUGGCGUCUCUCAAUCCGAAUUAUGCCAGCGGAUUGCGGCGAAAUUAGGGCCCGUACAAAACAACCGCCAUGCUCUCGAAACUGAUACUCACCUGAGACUCAACGGCACUCCUCUAGGCGAUGUUUACGCCAUUGGUGACUGCUCAACUGUCCAGAAUAAUAUUGCUAACAACGUUAUCACCUUCCUACGCGGACAUGCUUUCAAGCAGGGCAAAGACCCCGAGACCGUGGAGCUCCACUUUAGCGACUGGCGCGCCGUGGCAUCCGAUGUCAAGCGGCGGUUCCCGCAAGCAGCGGCGCACCUAAAGCGAUUGGACAAGCUAUUUUCUCAGUUCGACAAGGACCAAUCAGGGACUCUAGAUUUUGGAGAGCUGAGGGAACUAUUAAAACAGAUUGACAGCAAGCUGACAUCGUUGCCGGCGACGGCGCAGCGCGCCAACCAACAGGGUAUCUAUUUAGCGAAUAAGUUCAAUAAGCUAGCGCACGCUGCGCCCGGUCUACGUGUCAAUGACAUCCUCGAUGGCGACCUCGACGAGACUUGCUAUAAGGCAUUCGAAUAUCACCAUCUCGGUAGCUUAGCCUACGUUGGCAACAGUGCCGUAUUUGACCUUGGAGGUGGCUGGGGCGUCACCGGUGGUUUGUGGGCCGUAUACGCCUGGCGUAGUGUAUAUUUCGCACAGAGCGUUGGCGUGAGGACGAGGGUGCUGAUGGCCAUGGACUGGGCGAAGCGCGGCCUAUUUGGACGAGAUCUUAUGAGCUUCUAA